CUGGUUAUGCGCCGUGUGUUACUGUUCUCAGUUCCCUUCAUUUCAUCCAAAAACAAAACUCUCUCGUUGUGUUUUGAGACAUGGCAUCCUCGUUGGCACCUGCUACCAAAGCCGCCACUAAUUUGCGCCUCACACACUCUCUCCGCUUCUCUCCUAAACCCAACAACCUACGCUUUGCCACCAAGCCUGGUAAUACGCUGUUAUGCGCAAGGGUUAAGGCCCAAUUAGAUGAGGUUGCCCUUGAUAGUUCCUCAAAUGCUACUCCUCCUAUCAAAGCCAAAUCAAAGGAGGAACCACCCGCAAAACCUUCAGCUGAACCAUCUUCUUCAGUCUUGGCAACUCAAGAAUCGGUCUCUCAGUUUAUUACUCAAGUUGCAAGUCUUGUCAAGCUUGUUGAUUCGAGAGACAUUGUGGAGUUGAAGCUGAAGCAGCAUGAUGUUGAAGUAACAAUUAGGAAAAAGGAGGCUAUGCCUCAACCACCACCUCCUCCUCAACCUGCGGUGGUGUAUUCAUCCCCUCCACCAGUGUUGCCACCGCCAUCCGUACCAGCAUCUACUCCAGCACCUACUCUAGCUCGUGCAACCCCUUCACCAACUUCAGCCCCUGCUGUGAAGUCAGCUAAAUCAUCACUUCCGCCUCUUAAAAGCCCCAUGGCAGGGACAUUCUACCGAAGUCCUGCACCCGGUGAACCUCCCUUUGUGAAGGUUGGAGACAAAGUAAAGAAGGGGCAAGUUGUAUGCAUCAUUGAGGCAAUGAAAUUGAUGAAUGAAAUAGAAGCUGAUCAGUCAGGAACUAUAGUUGAAAUUGUUGCGGAAGAUGCCAAAUCUGUAAGCGUUGACACUCCCCUAUUUGUGAUUCAACCAUAGAGCUCAAAGUAUUCGAAUGGAUGGAUGAAGAUCUAAGUCGGUAGUUGAAGUGUGAGGCUCAUCAACCCCCCCCCCCCCCCCCCCCCCCACCUUCAAGGUAGAGAGGAAGUGUAGGAAGAUUUUGUUCUAAAUUGGGAUGACACGGUUGAGAAGAAUUACUGCUUACAAUGGAUUUAUUCCUUAUUUUUCGCUUUUAUAUGAUUGCACUAUGUUCUAGUGAACCUUUUUUUUGUUUAGGCAAGUUAAAUUGUAUGAUAUUUAAUCUCAUGUAGUUUGUUUUUACUUUUUGUUUUGAAAGGGUGGGGGAGCAUUUGAACCAAA